AUGAGGAGGAGAGGAAGACCUUGCGCUCAGUUUGAGCACGAACUGAGGCUAGAUAUUCGAGUUGCAGUUAGCGUGUUUGAGCUGACUGACUUGCUCACUCUGAUAAGCAAGUGUAGAAUAUUUGAAGCCAAUGCCAAGGGCAAGACUGUAGACACUAAGGGGAGUGGUUCAAUGAAGCAAGACAGAAGACCCCCUAGAUUUUUAAAGGGGCCGUAUUCGGGCUCAAGUAAUUCUCAGUACAGAGGAAGUUUAUCUCAAGAGAGGAGCAAUGAGAGUGCCUCUGGUUCCGACUCUUUCAAAGGGCCGAUCAAAUGCUUUAGGAGGAGCAGUGCGAGCACGAAUCAAUGGCCUGAGUCGAGAGGGAGUACGGGGUUGAGCGCGAGGCCAUGUAUAGGGCCAAAGCCGUGCAUUCCUAUGAGGGUCUUUGCUAUGAGUGGGGUAGAGGCUUCCCAAUCUGAGGAGUUAAUUGAAGGUAAAUGUGUAAUUAAAGGCAGAUUGCUUGAUGUGUUGUAUGACUUGGGUGCUAUGCAUUCCUUUGUUUCUGUGAAAUGUGUGAAGAGUCUUGGUUUGUAUGUGAUAGAAUUGCUGUGCAAUGUUGUGGUGACUACUCCUAGGAGUAAACCGGUUGCAACGUCGUGGGUGUGUUUGGGAUGCUUUAUAAUGGUGCAUGGUAGGGAAUUCGAGAUGGAUUUAAUUUGUUUGUCUCUCUCCCAAUUGGACGUAAUCUUGGGGAUGGAUUGGUUAGCCGCCAACCACGUGCUGUUGGACUGUAGAGAGAAGACAUUGAUUUUUAAUGCGUUAAUGACUGAAAUUCCAAGGCUUUUGAGUCAAGGUGCGUGGGAGAACACGGUGAGUACUAAGGCCUUCAUGGUCAUGUUCUCGCUAGAGGCUGAAAGUGGAAUGGAGCCGGAGUAUAUCCCAGUGGUGAGAGAUUUCUUAGAAGUCUUACUUAAAGAUGUUUCAGAGUUACUGCCAAAGAGAGAUAGAAUUCGCCAUUGA